GUAAUGUUUACUAUAUUUGCAAUUCUAUUUUAUGGAGCCUUGAGCAUACAGUUUACAUUCCCAUUAAGAUCAAAGGAGUUGAAAUGCUUUGGAGAAAUCAUUGGAUAAAAUAGUCUGGUUGUUGGCUCAGUUUAGGCUAAUUCAAGUGAAUAUUCAUUAAAAAUACAUGUAAGAAUAAAUCAAUAUACUCAAGGUCCCAUAAAAAAAGGUUGAUAGCAUUUUACAAUACUCUCAUAGUUUGGAACUUAAUAAGUUUUCAUUUACAACCAAUAACACUUAAGAAAAUUAUUAGUUUUGUGUUCAUAACUUAGCUAAUGCUGGAAUAAAUUUCAACUUCAGUUUGGCUACAGGAAUGGAUGCUUAAGACUUUUCUUUAGUGGCUUAAAAGGAGGAUUUGAAACCUAUUGAAAUACAUCUAAAGAAGUUGAAUGGAUUAAUAAAUUCAGUCGAAGUAUACGUUUUUAAUAUAAUUAUUCUAGCAUGAAUAAAAAGAAAUAGAAGAAAGAUAAGCUACAAGAUUUUCAAAUGUUAGCAAAAUUUCAUACAAAAUAAUUAUAUUUAGUAUAGUCACAUUGAUUUUGAUGUCAUUGACAAAUUUUGUUUAAGCUCGUUAAUUGAAGAAUUUUUUUAAAUAAAAGAAACUCAUUUGA